GCCUGGCCAGGCUGCUGUCGGCGCUCUUCUACGGCAUAUGCUCGUUCCUCAUCGUGCUGGUCAACAAGGCGCUGCUGACCACAUACCGAGUCCAGUUGCGAUCAAGAGCACAGCACACACCAGCGGGACCUGGAAAGCUACCUUUGCAAGCCUUAAAUAAGUACACCAACUGAGAAAAAAGUGACUGAUUAUUUUGAGACAGGCAUUCAUCAGGUUAAAUCAUCCAUUUUCAAAUAACCAUCAUAUUUCUGGAGAACCAGAACAAAUAAUUACAAGUUUACAAGUUUUCCCUCACCAAUUGUUCUUGGAAUUGGACAGAUGGCUACCACCAUAAUGAUACUGUAUGUGUCCAAGCUUAAUAAAAUAAUCCACUUCCCUGAUUUUGACAAGAAGAUUCCUGGAAAGCUGUUCCCUCUGCCUCUUCUCUACGUUGGAAACCACAUAAGUGGCUUAUCGAGCACAAGUAAAUUAAGCUUGCCGAUGUUCACUGUGCUCAGGAAAUUUACGAUUCCACUCACUUUACUCCUGGAGGCCAUCAUACUUGGGAAACAGUAUUCAUUGAACAUCAUCCUCAGCGUUUUGGCCAUCAUUCUUGGGGCUUUCAUAGCAGCUGGAUCUGACCUCACAUUCAACUUGGAAGGCUACGUUUUUGUAUUCUUGAAUGAUAUCUUCACCGCAGCAAAUGGAGUUUAUACCAAACAGAAAAUGGACCCGAAGGAACUGGGGAAAUAUGGAGUUCUUUUCUACAACGCCUGCUUCAUGCUCAUUCCAACUGUCAUUAUUAGCGUCUCUACUGGAGACUUUCAGCAGGCCACUGAAUUCAGCCACUGGAAGAAUGUCUUAUUUAUCAUCCAGUUUCUUCUUUCCUGUCUUUUGGGGUUUCUGCUGAUGUACUCCACAGCUCUUUGCAGUUAUUACAACUCAGCUCUGACCACAGCGGUGGUUGGAGCGAUCAAGAAUGUAUCGGUUGCCUACAUUGGGAUGUUGGUUGGUGGAGACUACAUUUUCUCCCUCUUAAACUUUAUAGGGUUAAAUAUUUGCAUGGCAGGUGGUUUAAGAUACUCCUUUUUAACACUAAGCAGCCAGUUGAAACCUAAACAACCUGUGGAUGAAGAAAGCAUCCCUCUGGAUCUGAAGAGCUAGGCUGAAGACGGGGUUGCAGGCCUAGCAGCCUCAGCAGGAGUGGGCAGCCCAGAGGUCCCACACAUGGGGCAGUCACCUGCUUGGUCAGAGCACAAAAGGAAUGUCUUCAAAAUACAAAGAAAGCUACCUCACAUGUCACUGUGCAAUGAGCCCCAAGGAACCUACAACUCACAGUACAGAGCCUUCCCAACUAAGCUCAAAGUCAGCCACGGGGCCCUCAGUAUGUGCUGAGGAAGAUGUUUCAAGGGUGACUUUGCUUAUUAGCACCAUGGCCUUAAUUUUAAAGGCCUCAGCCAAGGAAAAGGAGGGAAAACUUUUUGUUGUUGAACCAUCUCUUUAUCUUUGUAAAAGUCAUUCAGUUUUGAUUUAUGCUGUGUUGGUAUUUUUUUUCAAGUCAUCACAGUGAAAUAAAGUCAUUUCUAUAUAUGCCACACUGUGAUAUUGCAGUAUGGUAGCAAAUAGAAAGUCAGUUAUUCAGUGUCUAAGAAUAUUCCUGGGGUUGAGAUGGGUAGAGUGCUUGCUGUGAUCAGGAGGCAAAUGAGUUUGAUCUCUUGCACUCAUAUAAAAUCCAGGCAUGGAACAUGUCAAUAACCUCAGCCCUGGGCAACUGAUACAGACAUAUCCUGAGAUUCUGGCCAGCCAGUCUUAAAGGGUAAGCAUCAGGUUCAGUGAGAGACAUUGUCUCAAAAAAUAGCAUGGAGAGUGACUGAGGAAAACACCCAUCAUUAACCUCUGGUCUCCACAUACACAUGUACAUACAUACAUACAUACACAAUGUGUACACAUUGCUCCACCUUGAAGGAACAAUAAGAUACCCUUUUAAGGACAAAUCUUGACAAAACUUGGCAAAAACCAAAAAGUCAUCAAUACAUCUCCAUAGUCUUAGGCAUUUGAAUGUGUAGUCCCUGGUUGGGUGGCCUUGUCAGAGGACGUGUGUCACUGGGGUGGGCUUUGAAGUUUCAAAGCCUCAAUCCAUUUCAGGUUUGCUCUUUGAGCAUCCUGUUUGUGGUUUGAAGAGUUCUCAACUGUUCCUGCCAGCAUGUCUGCCACGACUCCUGCCAUACUGACCUCUCUGGAACUGUAGGCUCAAAUAAACUCUUCUAUAAGUUGA